CCCCUUUAAACGCUACAGCUCUCUCGCUCAGUCUCUCUCUUCUCACUCACUUACAACCAGACGCGUUCAGUCGAGCUUUACUGUUCUACUCGUAUUCUUCAGCAGUGACCACGUUCUACAUCACAUUAUUGUUCCGUGUCUUGUUGUCCUUGUGCAACAUUGUAACAUUCGUAACGCGAAAAACGCGUCCGGACUUCCACGAUGAUUUAACGCUGAAAUAAAAAACAGGCGUUGAGAACCACAAGACCAUUGCCGUCCAUGGACCACCUGUAAAUCGGGUCGGUAAAUCCAGGGAUCGACCUUGUUUGAGGACCACAGUCGUGCCUUUGAACUGAAACAUGAAUUCAGUCCAUUAUUCCCAAGGUAUUCUGCUUAGUUUUUGGAUAAACAUCUAAUCCCCUCCUUAGUAUAGAUUCCUGACCUCAUUAUAGGUCACCAUUGGACACUUUGAAGACCGUUGGAGUCUUUGUGUCCUUCACUGCUGGACAUUCACAAACAGAAUAGAAUGGCAAAGUGGUUAAAGGACUAUUUAAGCUUCGGGAGCAAACGAGUUCCCCCGCAACCUCCGAAACCAGACUACACCGAGAGUGAGAUAUUGAAGGCGUAUCGUGCACAAAAGAACCUUGACUUUGAAGACCCUUAUGAGGACUUCGAGAACAGGGCUAGAAAUGACAACGGGCCGACUGAAACGGCCCACAUGGGCUUCGGCUCUCCUCUGAAAUCCUCAAGUCUGGAUAUCAAGGUCGUGUCACCGAAACAUCGGCUUAUAAAGGUGGACUCGCAAGACCUGGGACGGAGCAAGAUUCUUCUGAGCUCCGUGUCUUUAGAUGAACCGACAGAUCCGGUGGUUCCUUCAGCUCCAGUCAUGGGAGAUACCGACUACUCCGACCCAUUCGAUGCUCGGUUGGACCCGCGUCCCGAAACAGCUCAAGGCCCGAUCACUCCAGAGAACAACGGCUACAUGGAGCCCUACGAGGCCCAGAAAGUGAUAACCGAGCUGCAAAGGAGAGCUGGUGGUGGAGCAGGAGGUUGGGGGAGAGGGGAGGUCCAGCUUUAUGACACCCCGUACGAGGAGCGUGUCCCAGGGCAGCCGGAUCUGCCCGAGGAGGGAAGGGAGAGCAGGCUGCCGCAGGACGACGACAGGCCCGCAGACGAAUACGACCAACCGUGGGAGUGGAAGAAGGAACACAUCUCCAAGGCUUUUGCAGUGCAGUUUGAGGGUGCUGAGUGGGACCGUUCCUGUUCACCCACAGAGCGCCUGAGGUGUUCCAGGCCUCUGCCAACCACAGGCAGCAUGAAGCUACGCAAGCCCAGCGAACCUCAUUCCAUGGUCGGGGAGAGAGUGGAUCCCACCCUGCCCCUGGAGAAACAAGUAUGGUAUCACGGCGCUCUUUCGCGAUCUGAGGCCGAGUCUCUGCUGACCCUCUGUAAGGAGUGCAGUUAUUUGGUACGAAACAGCGAGACCAGUCGCUUGGACUACUCCCUCUCUCUGAGGAGCUGCCAGGGAUUCAUGCACAUGAAGUUCAGCCAGUCCAAAGACGGCCGCUACAUCCUGGGCCAGAACAGCCCCCCGUUCGACACCAUCCCUGAAGUGAUCCACUAUUACACCACACACAAACUCCCCAUCAAAGGAGCCGAACACUUGUCCUUGCUCUUCCCUGUGCUGGUUCAGACUCUCUGAUUGGUCAGAGCACUGCAGUCCUUUGUGCAGGAUGUGCCGUUGGGAAUGAAGAGUUCUUGGAUGAACAUUUGUUGAUGAACAAGUUUUUGGUCCCUUGUGUUUUUGAUUGUACAACAGCAUCUGGUUUGAGGACGUCAUCUUCUAAAAUGGACAUGUCAGAUCAAAUUACAUUCAGAUCUGUUCACAUGCUAUUUCACAUUCUUGUUAAUAACACUUUUCCAUCUCACCGAAUGAUCCUUCUGUGAACCGUACCAGACUUGUGGCAGUGAGACCUGUUGCUUGUCUAGAGUCGUCUGCCGGUGUUGUUCUCCGCUGGGACGGUGGAUUAGCCGCCGCUAAUGUUUAUUGAUCGAUUAGCAGCCUCUUAGGAUGAGCAGACGGGCCUCUGUAUUUUUAUAGCUGCUGUAAAGACAUUUCCACACAGCCUUUUAUGAUUGUCCACUCUUUAAAAUUUGUAAAGCCUUUUGGUUCUAGUAAGACCCUCGAGACCACACACGAAUGUUGUUUGGUCCAUUCAAGACAGUAGUCCUCAGAGAACCUUUUAAUUCUUGCAUCGUCUUUGUUAGACUUUGUCAGUGUGGCUGGUCGUAGAUCAGUGCAUGUUGGCAACUUAUGUUGAGGACAGUAGCUGAUUGUAACUGAUAAAAUCAAUAUGAUGUUUGAAUCAUGAUCAUUUGCAGAUAUGUUCCUGUAAUUGGUAUAUUAGGUCACCGAUACAGUAAAAUGCUGAAAAUGUGUUUUUGUAGCUGCUGUUUUAAACUGACUUACAUGUGGUAAAUAAUAAACUUUCUAAAGUGAAUGCUA